AUCAACGAAGAAGAGAGCAACCAACGCGCUGGCCGAUUCACAUGUUGCCUAUUCUGACUUUGAACGAGUGCAUAAUGACCCCCAUACCUAAUGUACCAGUAUUGAGAGUACAAUUUCCUUCAACGCCAUGAUCCCUCGAGUUUCCCACCAGACUGGAGAACAUAGAUGCAAGGACCAUGGCAGAUGAGCAUGAUCUCCCCCCAAAGCGAAGCCGAGGAGACGGUUCACAACUCUCAAAGUCCAACUCCGAUCGAAAGCGAAAGCGAACGGAUGAAGAAGAAAGCUGUCGAAAGAAUCGGGGAACCCGUUUCGGUCGUGACAGCAAAGCCACAAUAGAGAAGAGCAAUUCCCGAAGGAGUGGGAAACAAGCAGACGACCGGCAGACACUGGAUCGUUUGGGAAAAGAGAAGGCGGAUGCUGUGGUGUUCUCCUCCGAUGGAUCGAAAUUAUAUGUUGUCGAUCGGAAAGGUGACCGCCAAAACCUGAUAUAUGGCUCGCUCGGACGGUACAGCAUCCCUCUAUAUCGGCGAUCCGGCAAUGGAGGUGUGCUUGGUGUACAGGCGUCUCAUCGAAUAGAUCGAGACGUCUCGGAUGACAAAGCUCUGAUCGUUCAAGAUCGGUUUGCAUCCAAAAGAGAGGGUAAAAGUCGACUACAUACUCAGAGACAUUCAGAUCGAGGUGUUCGUCGUAUCCUGCCAAAGGACUCUAAGGAGGCGGAGGACCAUGAUGCCGACUUCGUUGGUCUGAAGCCAGGGAAGCAAUCCCUAAGGAAAGGUGGUUCCCAUAUCCAACCUUUCUCGCUCUUUGACCAGGGACAUGGAGAUUUAUCCAGCGAUGAAGCCGAUGACAAAGCCGAGGACAGUGGCCCAGAGGUUGACGAAGCCUUGAAUGACGCAAAAUCAAAACAAGCAGAGCUCUCGAAACGGACGACUUCCGAUCCCACGGACCUCCAAGCUUGGCUGGAUCUGAUCGCCCACCAAGAGGUCAUGGUACGCAUGGGAGCAACAACCGAUAAACGGGCGAUGUCCGGUGCAGAGCGACGGGGUCUGGCGGAUGUCAGAUUGUCAAUCUACGAGAGAGCGCUCAAAGUAGUUCAGAGCCUGCCGGACCAGGUCAAGCUUGUCCUAGGUCUACUCCGUGAGGGUUCAAAUAUCUGGGACUCGAAGCAACUGGCAGUAAAGUGGAAAGACUACAUUGACCGAUACCCGAAAAGUCCCGACUUACGGAUAAGAUAUAUCGAUUUCAUACAGUCAAACAUUGCGAUCUUCUCAUACGAGAAAUGCUUGGAGGCAUACCGAAAGCCACUUCAGGCUGUCGAUUCCACCAAAGAGGACAAACUGAGAAUCCUCAUACGACUCACGAGAUUCAUGAAAGACUCUGGAUACCACGAGCUAGCCAUCGGUAUAUGGCAGGCGCUUCUCGAGUAUCAUACGUUCCACUGCGGUAUCUUCAACCGAAGUCUCGAUGAUAUCCAGGAGUUUUGGGGAAGUGAAGUUUCCCGCAUUGGGGAACAGGGAGCACGAGGGUGGAGACAUUAUUCGUCUCCAUCACAUCCUUCUGGGUCUAGAUUAAGUUCAGGAACCGCCAUGGACGUCCCAGAAGCAGUCCGUUUCGAAGACCAAUUUCAUCCUACGGCGGACUCUUGCUUUCAGCAAUUCGGGGUCCUUGAGUCGUGCCGCAUGAAGCACCUAUUCCUACCCGGAAGGGCAGCGGACGAUGUCGGCGAAGACGACCCGUUUCAUAUGAUCAUGACUAACGAUGUCCUCGAUUACUGGGACUUCCUCCAGGGUGAGGUGGAGCCCAUUGCAGUCGUUUCAGCCGUGCUUGGAUUCGGUGGCCUCCCACCCCUACCAUCUGGGCUCAUCAAAUGGCAUGGAGAUGCCAAACAACGUGCGGACCAGUUUCUCAGAUUUGAAACCCUCUGUCCACCGAAGCAGAGCCCGGAGUCUGGCUCCUUUCGAGAUAACCUCGAGAGACUAAGUCGACUCCCAAUGAAAUGUCGCAUGUUAACAACCGAACAUCUCUUCUCGGAUGCGUUCGACGCGAAUCAGUCUGGUCCCCUGAUUGAUUGGGUUCGGCGCGUUCUAGAGCUUAUUUCCUUCGCGCCGGAAAAGGAGAUGGGGAAGGAACACGUCAUCCAAGAAUACUUCGUUGCCUUGGAGUGGCAUUUUUCGCCCUCAACGGCCAUGAAGACCGCGAAACGUCUCCUUAAGAAGCACCCUUCAAACCUUCGCCUGUACAACGCCAUCGCUCUGAUGGAAUCUCGAAGCGGGAAGACGGAAGAGUCGGAUAGGAUAUUCAUGGCCGCUCUGGACCUGGCAUUAAAGCUUGACCAAUCUGAUCAAGAGCCAAAGAUCCUUCUCUUACGCACUUGGGUAUGGGAGGCCCUGAGACUAGGAGAUGUGAAGAAAGCAGCAACACGAUUGAUGACGUUUGGUUCAUCGGAAGUCAGCACGACCGGCCCUGGCGAGGCCAGUGGCAAUGUCUUCACCCCAGCAGCGGUACUUCGUGUCAGACGGAUGCUGGCAGAUGGCAUAGACCAUGCCACUUCAUUAGGCGAUGAGUACCUCGUUGCUCUGUAUGGGGAGUGCCUUGCAAUUCUGGAGUAUCUGCGGUAUGAUCGCGACUUUCAGUCUGCUGAUUUAUCGUUCUCACACUCAAUUACCAAAAGUGCGCCGCUCACAAAGCAUUUAAUGGCAAACGAGCUAUUGCACCAGGCCCGUGCCCAGCUUCUAGCAAGCCAUGCUAUAUUCGUCAAAACAUUCAAACCGAGCGCAUUGCGGGACGCGAUCCUGACCAGCGUCAACCUGUUCCCUUCGAACACCGACUUUCUCACGCUCUUCGCCGCCAAUGAAAGCAAAUUUCGGAUGGACCAACGGGUGCGAGCCUUGCUGAAAACGGAUGAGAGCGGCGACGAAGAACACGCUUUCAUUCGCAGCGUCUUCGCUAUCUGGACCGAAAUGAAUCGAGGGGUGGAGCUGGGCGGCACCAAACAUGCCAUUCGAUCGGCGUUCGAAAACGCCCUGAGAAACGACGCCGGAAAGCAUUCGUUUGCGCUCUGGAGGUCUUACGUGCAGUAUGAAAUGGAACUGGCGGACUUUGAACGCGCGAAGAAAGUCUUCUUUCGCGGCGUGACGCAUCUGCCGUGGUCCAAAGACUUUAUGAUGCUGGCAUUCACGGAAUUGGUAGACCAUCUCACUUUCAGGGAGCUGAAAAGGGUUUACGGUGUGCUUGAGGAAAAGGAGUUACGGAUAAUGGUGAACAUUCAAGAGCAAGUUGAUGAGCGGGAGGAGAUGGAAGAGACGAAGCUGGACCCGGUUGGCUUUGCCGGGGAUUCCAGUGGAGAAGAAGCUUAGCUGCAGACUAGAUUACAGUCUCGUAAGUACGGAUUGACACGCCUAUCACGCGCUAGGCGUGGAUUUAUUAACGAAUCUAAAUCUAUGCAUACAUGCAUGAUUCAUUAGGCAUUCUAUGUAUCAAGCACUGGUCAUGACCAUCAUGCGACUAUCCAUCUAUACACUCAUGACGAUGUUUUGGAGAAAAUGUACUUAAUCCUCGAGCCAGGCUCUUCCAGCAAGCGCACCAAGACAUCGUCCUCGAACACCGUCGUGAGAUCAGGGGGAUCAGAAGAAUCCAGAGUACAAGGGUCAAAAUGCAAGUACUG